UCAUCCUGAGGACCAAAGAUCACAAACCCCGAUCCAACGGCAAGAGUGCGAAGGAGAGACGGGUGUGAUCACUUUACAUCUAUCUCCAACUAUACUAUGAGCUGGGACUGAGGACGCGGUCCAAAUUUUCAUUCUGUGGUGUGGAGAACAAAGUCAAUCCCAGCAUGGAUGCGAAGAAAAAGGAAAUGGAUCUCCUGAGCAACAGUAUAGCUGCAUAUGCACAUAUUAAAGCAAACCCAGAGAGCUUCGGCCUGUACUUUGUGCUCGGCGUGUGUUUCGGCCUGGUGCUGACCCUCUGCCUCCUCGUCAUCCGUAUCUCCUGCAAGCCGCGCACCAACGUCGCCCCAUCCACGCCCGAAAAGAAGCAGCCGAAGGGCGUCACAGAGGAGGACGAGGAGAGCGAGGACGAUGAAGACGAGGAGCAGGUGGAGGUGGACACGCCCGUGCCGCUGCCCAGCGCCGCCGUGCCGCUGGGCAACGGCACCAGCCAGUCGGACGGGACGCUGAGCGUGAACGUGUUCACCUCGGCUGAGGAGCUGGAACGGGCACAGCGGCUGGAGGAGCGGGAGCGCAUCAUACGCGAGAUCUGGAGGAACGGCCAGCCUGAUGUCCUGGGCACAGGAACGGGAACCAUUGGACGGGUGCACUACUACUAAGAGGCUAAAAGAGGCCGAGCUCUGCAGAAGCGGACCAGAGCGAUGGCGCUCUUCAUUAACUUGGCUCUGAAAGAGUUGAACUAUGUGAUGUUGCACUUCUUGUCUUAUGUUUAACUACAUGAACCUUAGCCAAAGAUGACUUUAAAGACUGGUUCACCUACGGGCCCGUGGAGAAGAUGCAGUAUGAUUGUGAAAUGUGAGGUGCUCACAGAGACCAAAAUGCACAGAUUUAUAACACAUCCGAAUGCAAUGCAUGCACCGUGUGCUGCAGCGCAGAUUUGUUUGCCAUAAAAAUGUUUACUGCAAACAAGGAAAACUGUUCAGGACACGAGAGGCCUUUCUGAAAUAAAUCAUUUUGGGAUUAAGUCACACAUACAAUAUAAUUUAAAAUGCAAUUAGAAGACUUUUGGUUUGGAGUCUCUAAACUAUGAGAACAUUAUACUGAUGCCUGUGGCUUCAGGGAUAAUCCCACAAAAGGAAAUGGCAGAAUUAAAGUAUUAGGUGAAAUAAAUUUCUCUUGUAUUUCUUUAUAACAAUUAAAGUUCGACAAAUGUUGGUGUGUAAUUUCUGGUUAAAACGAGAAAGCCUUUAUUUGUAAGCGUGUCUAAUGGAAAGGCCAUUCUUCAUCGUGUUUUCCGUCUCUGUGUCUCAUUAACUGUUUAAAUAAAUGCUUUUUUUUAUAAUAAAAGUUGCUAAGAACAUU